AUGUUGAGGCAAAGUCUUGUGCUUGAUGGGCAGCCUCUUGCUAUUAAGUGUUCACUGGAAAAUAGCUUGCAAAGUGGAGACUACAACGUAACAUGGUAUAAAGCUGGUAACCAGACAGCUGUGCAUAAAGACAAACUUUCUAGAAUUCAUCAGCAGAAGAAUUUCCUUUGGUUUCUCCCUGCAAUGUUAGAAGAUUCUGGAGAUUAUGAAUGUGUCAUAAGUAGAUUAAUUUAAUUAUAUUGUAUUAAUUGCAGGAAUUCAACAAGCAGCUGGAGAAUGUCUACAAAAGUAACAGUUUUUGAGAGGAGUGAUGGUUUAUGUUUAAAUGAAAAAUUUGCUGUAGAGGAGUUGAUAUUCACAUUAUCAUCUGCGAAGGUUGUGUGUCCACAUUUGGACAAUUUCAGGAAUGAGAAGAAUAUUCAGCCUGUUCAUUGGUAUAAGGACUGCCAGCUGCUGAAAGGGAAAAGAUUUACCUUCUCAAACAGUGAUCUUAUAAUUUUUAAUGUGAGUCUGCCUGAUCAAGGAAACUAUACGUGUGAAACAACGUAUACCUACAAUGGAAAACAAUACAACAUUUCCCGAGAUGUCAAGCUGACUGUAGAAGUUAGCCCACCAAAAAAGCCGCCUGAAAUAUCUUAUCCAAGAAACAACUCCAUUGAAGUGGAACUUGGAUCAGAACUUACAGUGGAUUGCAAUACAACAGGUGCUGAAGGGUAUGAGGUGUUUUGGACAGGCAACGGUGUCUAUAUUGAUGUAUUUUAUAUGAGCAGAAUUUUUGCAAGUCCUUAUGAGGAGGAAAUUUCUUAUGAUGGGCGCCCAAUGUAUUCUGUGAAGCUAAUAAUUUCAGAAGUGACUACUGAGGAUUAUGAUCAACAGUUUCUCUGUCAAGCUUCAAAUGCCUUUGGGCAUGUUGCAUCAUAUAUUAUAUUAAAGCGCAGAGCUCUUGAUACACGAGGAUGGCUGACUGGAGGGCUUGUCUCCGUGUUAAUUUUAACAUCUAUUAUUUUAAUCAUCUACAAGAUUUUCAAGAUUGACUUGGUGCUUUGGUACCGUAAUUCUGUCUGUGCCUUUGCCAGUACGGAAGAUGGGAAAAUCUAUGAUGCCUAUGUCCUAUAUGUAAAAAGCAGUGGAGGCAGAAGCUUUUAUCAUCUGGAAACCUUUGUUCAUAGAAUACUGCCUGAUGUUUUAGAACAACAGUAUGGAUAUAAUCUCUUCAUAUUAGGAAGGGAUGAUUUACCAGGAGAAGCUGUGGUCAGUGUUGCUGAUGAAACCCUUAAGCAAAGCAGGAGGUUGAUGAUAAUUUUGGGAUCAGAAACUUCUGGUUGCUCCCUUUUACAAGACACCUCUGAACAGCAGCUAGCUAUGUAUAAUGCUCUCAUCCGUGAUGGGAUUCAAGUGAUUCUUAUAGAAAUGGAUGAAAUACUGGACUACACAGGCAUGCCAGAAUCAAUCAAAUAUGUCAAGCAAAAACACGGAGCUAUACAAUGGAAUGGGGACUUCUCAGAGAAAUCUUAUUCAGCAAAUACAAGAUUCUGGAAAAACGUGCGCUAUCAAAUGCCACGCAGGAGAAAGGCAUCUUAUUCUGAAGUGUAUUUGUUCCCCCUAAGUUUGAACAAUUCUGCAGCAAAAAACAGCUAA